AGGAAGCCCUCUCUAAGCUCUGAGCGCCUGCGGUCUCCUGUAUGCUGCUCUCUGUGGGGUCCUGUAGACCCAGAGAGGCUCAGCUGCACUCGCCCGGCUGGGAGAGCUCGGUGCGGGGAACAUGGCCAGGCCCCCGAGGCUCCUGCUUCUGCCCCUCCUUCUGGCGCUGGCUCGCGGCCUGCCUGGGGCCCUGGCUGCACAAGAGGUGCAGCAGUCUCCCCACUGCACGACCAUCCCCGUGGGAGGCUCCGUCAACAUCACCUGCUCCACCAGCGGGGGCCUGCACGGGAUCUACCUGAAGCAGUUCGGGCCACAGCCCCAAGACAUCAUUUACUACGAGGAUGGGGUGAUGCCCACUACGGACAAACGGUUCCGAGGCCGCAUCAACUUCUCGGGGUCCCAGGACAACCUGACUAUCACCGUGCACCGCCUGCAGCUGUCGGACACUGGCACCUACACCUGCCAGGCCAUCACCGAGGUCAACGUCUACGGCUCCGGCACCCUGGUCCUGGUGACAGAGGAACAGUCCCAAGGAUUGCACAGAUGCUCGGAUGCCCUGCUGAGAGCCUCUGCCCUCCCUGCCCUGCCAACAGCCUCUGCCCUCCCUGACCCACCGACGGGCUCUGCCCUCCCUGACCCGCCAACAGCCUCUGCCCUCCCUGACCCGCCGACAGCCUCUGCCCUCCCUGCGGCUCUGGUGGUGAUCUCCUUCCUCCUCGGGCUGGGCCUGGGGGUGGCGUGUGUGCUGGCGAGGACACAGAUGAAGAAACUGUGCUCGUGGCGGGAUAAGAAUUCGGCGGCGUGUGUGGUGUACGAGGACAUGUCGCACAGCCGCUGCAACACGCUGUCCUCCCCCAACCAGUACCAGUGACCCAGUGGGCCCCGCCACGUCCCGCCUGUGGUCCCCCCAGCACCUUCCCUGCCCCACCAUGCCCCCCACCCUGCCACACCCCUCACCCUGCUGUCCUCCCGCGGCUGCAGCAGAGUUCGAAGGGCCCAGCCCUGCCCAGCUCCAAGCAGACACACAGGCAGUGGCCAGGCCCCACGGUGCUUCUCAGUGGACAACGACACAUCCUCCGGGAAACCUUCCCUGCCCAGCCCACGCUGCCACCUGGAGGAAGCCUGACUGUCCUUUCGCUGCGUCUCCCGACCAUGGCCAAGGAGGGCUUCUCUGUGGGGUGGGCCUGGGCAAACGGCCCUCUCCUGUCAGUGCCGGCCUACCCACCAGCAGGCCCCCAACCCCCAGGCAGCCCGGCAGAGGACGGGAGGAGACCAGUCCCCCACCCAGCCGUACUAGAAAUAAAGGCUUCUAUGCUUCCUUUUCUG